CGUAAUCAUAAAAAAUGUCUUCCGAAGGUUCAGAUAUCGAAUUACAAUCAGCUUUACCGAAAAAGUCCAACAAGAAAAUGCCGCCAAGUCCUUCGGAUGGAAUGUUAAAUACAAAACCAGAAAAGAAACUAACCACGAAGAUAAUGAUUAAUCAAGCUUUGAUGGAUCUUAAUAGCAGGAAAGGCGUUUCUCUAUACGCAAUCAAGAAGUAUAUACAAGAAAAAUACAACGUUGAUACGGAAAAGUUAAACUUUCAUAUGAAAAAGUACUUAAAGAAGGCCGUUGAAGAAGGAAAAAUCGUUCAAAUGAAAGGAAUCGGCGCUUCUGGGUCCUUCAAGCUAGUUCCGAUAAAGGAAAAGAAACCUAAACCCAAAAAGAUGUUAAAAGAGAAAGAGAAGAAACCAAAAGAUCCAGAAAAGAAGAAGAAAAGUAAAGAAAUGUCUAAGACUGCAGACGCCGCAGAAAAAGUUACUAAAAAGAAACCUGUCAAACCCAAAGAAAGUAAAGAGAAAUCUACUAAGACUGCCAAACCAGUAAAAAAGAUGGAAAAAGAUACAGAAAAUAAGCCUUUCAAAGGAAAGAAAAAUGGCGAAGAGAAAGUCAAAAAAGUUAGAAUUGCUAAAGGCAUGCAAACUCCGUCGAAGAAAAAAAGUAUGAUGCGAAGAAAAAGUAUUGGUUCUAUCAUUAAACCACCAAAAAUGAAGCCCAGUAAAAGCGCGAAAGCUUAAAUAAUGAUUUUUUGUGUUAUUCUUAAUUUCUGUUUUAUACAUUCUUAUAAUUGUUAAUUAAUAAUAAUUGGUAAUAAAUGGUUAUGGUUUUUA